AUGAGCUUCAAGGAGAAGAUGCUCCGUGGUCAACGGCAUAGGGAUUGCCCAAUGUUCGAGACUGAGGACAUAGAGAUUGAGGAUCUGGAUCAGGAAGUAGUGUUGAUAAAGGAUGGGCAAAUGCCCCGCGUCGUCAUCUCAGAUAAGCACGUGCUGAGGGAUUGUCUGAAAGCGGCUGUAGUCUGGAAAGCAUUGGUGCCGGUGGCUGAAUGGAGGGCUUUUAAUAGCCCGGAAUGCAAGGAGUGGCUGAUGGAAAAUUUCGCCAAUUGGAGAGGUAGUGGUGGGGAGAAUUGGCCCAUGUUGUUUGGGGUUACGGCAUGGUGGAUCUGGAGGUUGAGAAAUAUGGCACUCUUUGAAGGGAAGGAGGUCUCACUGUGGCAAUCGGUGAAGGAAAUUACACAGAAAGUGUCUGAUGUGAUUGAGGCCAGGAAAAGCUUGAAGAUGGUAGGGGCAAAAUCGGUGACAAGGGAAUGGCGGUUGCUGGCAUGGUCACCUCCACCGGCAGAAUGGAUUAAAUUAAACAUCGAUGGUGCCCUGAAUACCGACAUCGGAUGGGCAACUGCUGGUGGCUUGUUGAGGGACUGCACUGGAGGGUGGUGUGGUGGCUUUUCAAUAAACAUUGGGUACUGCUCAAUUACGGGAAUAGAGAUUUGGGGACUUUUGCAAGGCCUGCAACUAGCAUGGGACAAGGGGUAUAGGAAGCUAGAGGCGAAGGUGGAUAAUAAAAUUGUAGUAAGGCUAGUGCUACCAAAGGAGCCAAAUUCGGAAGUGCAUUUGGGAAUUUUGUGUGCCAUCAAGGAACUCAUGAGUAGAAGCUGGGAAGUGAAGCUAGCACAUGUGCAUCGUGAGAAGAAUUUUGCGGCCGACUAUAUGGCCGCGUUGGUGGUGUCAAAUCCUCCGGGACUACAUAAGAUGGAUUUUCCACCAUGA